AUGUGGUGCCACUUGAUGCGUCGCUGUCAAUCAAAGUACAAGUCGUUCCGUCGAGCGCACGCCCAAGGUGUCGUAAACCAGCAGCAUGAAUACGUUCCCUUAAAUGACGCUCAAAAUGAGAUACGCGUGCUUUCCUUCGUACUGCCACCGAAAGACAACGACUGGAAGAAUUUGGACUGCGUCAUCAGUAACGUGUCUCUAGAUCAGUGCCACCCUGAUUUCGAGGAAUGGCUCCAGGAAGUCAAUAAGACUCACGAAAUACCACUCACACUUGCGGAGGUACACCGCCGCUAUACAGGCUGGAGGGACAAAUUUGCCCAGUACGUCGAAGACCGGGAUGAGAACUGGAAUCUACAAGAAACACAGUAUUCCCGACGAACCACCCCCGGCUCGCGGUUCAUUUGGGGCGACUUCGAGGCUUUAUCCUACUCUUGGGGAGUAGAUAAUAUGGAUGGGAUGAUACGAUUAAAUGGAGUCGAAGUCUGUAUCUCCUCCAAUCUGGAGGCUGCCUUGCGCGCCUUGCGGAACCUGCCCGAGACACUACACGGGAUGCGAUAUUGGGUUGAUGCUGUUUCUAUCAAUCAAAAAGACACGGUCGAACGCAAUCACCAAGUAAUGCGGAUGCAGGAGAUAUACAGCAAGGCCAGGUCAACUGUGGUAUGGCUUGGAGACGAAUGCGAUGGGUGUGGAACUGCAAUCGACAUUAUUCACAGGUAUCACAACAGCACGGAAUCCGAGCAGUCAAAGUGGUAUGAUGUUAUGCCCUUGGAGACACUCCCUGAUCUGUUUGCUCGACCCUAUUGGCAGCGUGCUUGGAUUGUGCAAGAGAUUGCCAACAACCACAACGCUACACUGUUCAUCUACGGAGAAAAGCAGCUGGCCCGUAGAGAUUUGAUGGUGGCGGUCCGAUACUGCCAAGGCCACAUCGAUGAGUUAAGAGAAAGGAUCAAUGCCAAAAAGAAAGCGACAUCGAGUGAGCAAGACCACAAUCUGUGGACCACGAUUGCGAGAGCCGAGACACUACUCUCGCUUGGAAGCGGUGUCACAUCGAAGCCGCCCUGUAGUUCCGUUCUAGACUUGGCCAGGCAAGCCAACACUACGGAUCCGCGCGAUAAGGUGUAUGGCUUCCUAGGCCUGCUAGAGGACAAAAUAACCUCUAGGCUCACGCCUGAUUACGAUUCAACCGUCCUUGAUGUAUAUACGGAGUUCGCUAUCGCUCUCGUCGAUGGCCAUCAGAAUCUUACAAGUAUAUUCGCUUGGUGCAAUUCUGAGCUUGAGGAUAACUGGCCAUCAUGGGUUCCUGACUGGCGGAUGCCGUUCAAUCGAAACCACGUGAGAUUCCUGAAGGCGCGGGAAGCUGGCAAGAACUCUCGCUGUUUUGCUUCGUUUUCGAGCCAAAACCGGAAGUUGACAGUUCGAGGUUCUAAGGUUGACACAAUCUGUUCCUGGAAAUGCAAAUCUCCUGAUCCGCUGAAACCAGACGCUCCCAUGCUAUCGGAAGACUACAGGUAUCCCAGAGCUAGGUAUACAGGAGUCAACAGUGAUACUUUACCUGAAGCGUUGUGGAAAACGCUUAUGCUCGACCACCCCCUCCGGUGCAAAGAUGUCGCUUCUGUACUGGAGAUUCCUUGGGAGAGCUCGCCUCCAAAUGUGGGCACCUAUCGCGCACAAGGCCUCCGCAGUUACUGCUUCACGGAAGAAAUCUGUAGAACCUUCAACCAAUUUCGAACAGCAAACAAGGACAUGGACAUCUAUGGCCGCCCGCUGAAGUCGUUUUUCGGCAACGUCAACCACGGGUACUCGGAGUGGUUAUCCAGCACAUCACCCCUCAACUUGCGGCUUACCGUUGUCUCUCUUGUGGGUCGGAGGUUAUUCACUACGGUCUCGGGUUUCAUCGGUCUCGCGCCAGAAAUCGCGCAGAGUGGCGAUGUCAUUGCUGUUGUGCUUGGUUGCAAUUUCCCAGUUGUUCUUCGGCCUUGUGGAGAUGAAUACCGGAUCAUCGCAUCGACUGCGCGCCACCAGAAAGAUGACGGUUCCACGGAACGAAAGAAAGGCUUCCUGGAUUUGCCCGCCGAGCUUCGCAACAAGGUCUACAGGCACCUUUUUCGUGGUCCUCACCCAUACCGCCUGCAUCCGUUAGCAGGCACAACAAACCUCAGACCGUUAUCGAUGGUGAGCGGCAUCACGCUCUUGAGCGCUUGCAAACAAAUCCACGACGAGGCCAGUUCUAUUCUGUACGGCGAGAACGGGUUCCUGUUUGACAUACAUCUCGACGACAAGCGCAACAGAAUCGUCGUGAGCGACUUUCCAAAAGGGUCGGUUUGGCCAGCCCAACGAUACCAUAAAUGGGUACAAUGCCUCAGGCUACGAGUAACUGUAUCAGCCGAAGGCGCAUGGUACCGUCCAAAGGCGCCGCGCCGUCAUCAAGAGAAUAUGCGUGGGCUACGGACCUACUAUGAGGACAUCUGGGCGGACAAAGACCUAGCCAUCCGCUUCAUUGAUCCCAAGGACGAGCAGCUCAAGCCGCACCCUCUCACGUUCUCCAUGGCGCGCUACGUCCUUCCCAUCUUCCUCCCACUCCAGCGCCAGCGUCCCAUCGAUGUCCAGAACCUCUCCCCAGAAGUAACGUACUGGUUCCAAUCCCGCAUCCUGCAGUCGAAUGCACCCAAGAUCUCUCCGACAGUCUCAGCCGCCCUCUAA